UCUCAGAACUCAAACCAACUUGAAAACACCCAUAAUCUCCAUCCUAAAGGAUAUAAACCAAAUCUCACUUUCUUCUCACCCACAACCAACCAAACCGUCACAAUGUCGAACCCCACCAACGACAACACCUCCACCCUUCAGUCGGUCUACGACUCCGUCACCGGUACGGCUCAGUCCAUGCUCGGAAGCCUCACCGGCUCCACGGGCGACCAGGUCCAGGGCGACGCCAAGCAGAACAAGGCCCAGGCUGAGCACGACGCCUCGCACGCUACCGUCAAGGGCCCCGGUUUCACUGCCAGCAGCGCUGGUGUCUCAAAGGACGACCCCAACCGUAUGUCGGGAUCCAUGAACCAGACGGUCGGUUCUGCAAAGGAGACUUUGGGCGGUCUUGUCGGAUCUGAGUCCCUCAAGGCAUCUGGUCGCGAGCAGAACCGCAGCGGUCAGGAGCAAGAGGCCAAGGGCCAGCUGAGCGACCUCGGCGCCGGCGUCUCGGACCGCGUCACGGGCACCCUGGGAGCCGCGGCCGCAGGCCUCAUGGGCGACCAGACCAAGCAGAACGAGUACCAGGCCCAGCACGACUCGGGCAAGACGGCACAGCGUGGCGUCGAGCAUGACCUUCAGAAGAAGGCCGAGGCCGAGGCCAAGGCUGCGCAGAAUUAGGCCGGGUCUACUUUGUGUUGUCAUUGGUCUGUUGAUCAGAGGGCCUUGACGGAAGAAGUUGAAAAAAGAAAAAAAGAGCAUGGAGAGUUUGCAUUUUGAUACCCCUCACGCUGGGACUGUAACUUGGUCUACUUUUUGAAGAUUUGGUUGGUCUCGGUGUUAAUCGUGUGAGAACUGGUUGACAGAUCUCUGCGUUCCCCUUGCAAUAGGUUUAAUAUCCAAAUAUGGAAUAAUAUUCUAUUUUCC